AUGGAAUACUGCUGAUUUUAUUUACAAUUUACUGCUGCUUACAACAUCCAACGGUGGGUAGAUUCCUGUAAUCAGUUUCUCUGUUUAAAUCUUCAAUAGCUCAUCUUGACUUAUUAAGAAGAAUUUGCUAAGACUAAAAGCACUCUGCAGAAUCAAGCCAGGCACCCAAAGCUAUGCUUGGUUGAUGUUGCCCUUUUUCUUCCAUAUUUUCCUCUGUUUUAUUUCAUGACAGAAUAACAACUACUGGGUACUGCUGAUUUUAUUUACAACGGCUUCCUGCACUUUAUGGUGAUGUGGGCGUUAUCUGUGAAGCCCUCAAUUCUAUGGUUUGAAUAUCUUCAAUUCAUUGAUCUUUAAAAUUUUCUGUGAAUUCCUCAAAGCAGUAAUCUUGUGCCUCUGGCUGACUAGCGGGGAGCAGAAUUAUGCCAGAAGCUAAGACUUUACUUCCUUUAGUAUUGGCCUUUUACUUUUCUCUGCAUUUUAUUUCGGUGCCUGCACAACAACAGCAACAGAACAGUGCUGAUUUUAUAUUCGAGGGAUUCAAGGAUUACAAUCUGAGUCUGAGUGGAAUGGCAAACAUUGACUCUCGAGGCAUUCUAGAGCUCACUAAUGUGACACAGCGAAUGCAGGGCCAUGCUGUUUAUCCAAUCCCUCUACAGUUCAGAAAUGUCUCCAGCAAUUCUACAUUUUCUUUCAGUACAACUUUUGUCAUGUCAAUUGUGCAUGCCUAUCAAAAUGUGGGAGGCCAUGGAUUGGCCUUUGUGGUGACACCUUCUAGAAGCUUCGAGGGAUCCUUUCCCAGUCAGUACCUCGGUAUAUUCAAUUCUUCCAAUAAUGGGAUGUCUUAUAAUCACAUUUUUGCAGUGGAGUUUGAUACCGUCAAGGACUAUGAGUUGAAUGACAUUAAUGAUAACCAUGUUGGAGUGGACAUUAAUAGCCUUAUUUCAAACAAGUCUGCAACCGCAGCCUUUAUGAAUGAGAGCGGGUUGUAUCAGGAAUUUGAUCUCAAGACUGAAAAGAGCAUUCAGUGUUGGAUAGAUUUUGAUGGAGGGGACAAUUCGCUAAAUGUGUCUGUUGUACCAGGAGGUUUGACUAGGCCCAAGGUGCCCUUGAUUUCAAUGCAUCUUGAUCUUUCAGGGGUUGUUGAGGAGUCUAUGUAUGUGGGGUUUUCUUCCUCCACAGGGUUGCUUUCCAGUACACACAGUAUUUUGGGAUGGAGUUUUAGAAUGAAUGGGCUUGCAUGGGAUCUGAAUCUUUCAAACCUUCCUACAGUUUUGGAAUCACAGUCUAAGGAUAAGUUGAAAUUUGUAAUUGGAGCGUCCGUUGCUGCUGUGGUAGUCAUGACAGUAGCAGUUUUCGCAGGCCUACAUUUUAUCAAGAGAUCGAGGGAUGCUGAGGUUAUUGAAGACUGGGAGCUCGAAUAUGGACCUCAUAGGUUUUCAUACAAGGAACUAAGGAUUGCUACUAGGGGCUUUAAGGACAGGGGACUGCUUGGAAAGGGCGGUUUUGGGGGAGUUUACAAGGGGGUCUUACCCAGCAAUGGGCUAGAGGUUGCUGUGAAGAGGGUUUCACGUGAGUCUAAACAGGUGCUGAGAGAAUUUAUUUCUGAGAUUUCAAGCAUUGGGAGGCUCCGGCAUCGAAAUCUUGUUCAGUUGCAGGGCUGGUGCAGAUAUAAGGGGGAAUUGCUUCUUGUUUAUGACUAUAUGCCAAAUGGUAGCCUUGAUAGUUUUUUAUUUGGAGAUAAGAAAAAUAUUCUAAGUUGGGAACAGAGAUACACGAUUUUGAAGGGCGUUGCCUCAGGCCUGCUUUAUCUCCAUGAAGAGUGGGAACAAAAAGUAGUGCACAGGGAUGUGAAGGCAAGCAAUGUGUUACUUGAUGCAGAUAUGCAUGGUAGGCUAGGAGAUUUUGGACUUGCAAGGUUGUAUGAACAUGGAUGUAAUCCACAUACCACUCAUGUGGUUGGAACACUGGGUUAUCUUGCACCUGAGCUUACUAGGACUGGUAAGGCCACAACAUGUACUGAUGUAUUUGCUUUUGGGGCUCUGUUGCUUGAAGUGGCUUGUGGGAGGAGACCCAUAGAGCCCAACCAUUCUCCUGAAGAAUUAGUCUUGGUGGAGUGGGUUUGGGAGAUGUAUUAUAAGGGCAAUAUUUUGCAGGUGAUUGAUCUCAAACUUCGGAAUGAAUAUGAUGUGAGGGAGGCUGAACUUGUUCUUCAAUUGGGUUUGUUGUGCUCUCACCCUCACCCUGAAGAUCGACCCUACAUGAGACAGGUAGUGCAAAUCCUUGCAGGAGAUAUGCUGCUUCCGGCAUUGCCAUCAGAAGCUCCUUCAGGACGAACAUCUCAGUUUUUCGAUGACUUUGUUGUUUCAUUUCCUUCUUCCGAGCAUGGUUCUUGCAAUAUAACCUCACAUGUCAAUGCAAGCCCAAAUGGGAGGCCAACAUUGACACCUGAUGGAACAUCACCACUUCCCUUAAUACAUGGAAGAGACUGAAAGAUUUCAAGCUAUUAGACUUUGGAUUCAAAUGCUAACACAUUCUUAUUUAGUUUAUAUCUCAGUUGCAGAAAAAUUCUCCACUUCAAAGCCCUCUGAGUGUUUCCAAUCUUACAAUUUACUGUGUAAGGAUUGUUUGGUUUGCCUUCUGAUACAUGAUGAUAUGCAUCUCUCUUUAUUGGGUGUCUAUGUAUAAGUCAAUGCCUUGUCAAUCAACUAACUCAGAUUAAGUUUAAAAAUUAGUGAGUGUUUCUCACCAUAACCAGUUUAGAAAUGAAUGUAUGAUUAGAGCCUUUUUGGG